GUCAAAUAAAUAAGCAUUUCCGUUCUGAGACAGUGUGUUGAAAUCCGCUGAGAUUCAAGGAUUCGCCGCUUGUUUGCAGAGUUCAGAGUUCUUAACGCGGCUCAGACCUGAAUGAUUUUCAUUUAACUGUCUGUUGCCAAUUGAAGCUACAAAAGUGGUGAGCCCAUGAGCCACUGAUGAAAUUUAAUAUAAAAUCCUUAAAUUUUACAGUAUUCAGGACAGGGUUUCCGUGGAGACCACUGACUACAUGAAGAUGGAUGAAGCAACUAUUGAGAGCGCUUUUAAAGCUGAAUGCAUCAGACGAGUCUUGAUACAAUUUAAACAAGUGAGUUAUGUAUAAAAAAAGGUCAUACGGAAACAUUUCUCAGCAACAGGCUGUAAACAUGGUCUAUUUUAACAUGGAGGUUUUGGAGCAAGUCUCAGGUGGACGCGAGGAAAUGAGGAAAUGAGGAAAUGCCCAAAAUCGUAAAUAAGACACAUUUACAGGAGUUCCCGUUAAACACACCUGCAGUUUCCUCUUAUGGCCACAGGUGCCGCCAAACAUCAGGUCACAAACAAUAGAGUUUAGAGAGGCCCCUCUUACACAAACGAGGUUGAGACUAGUCACAAGCACCAACUCCACGUACAGUUAAACUUAAAAGAUUGUAAAAGAUUAUAAAAUAGGAACACAAAUACAGCCUCUAGAAUGUUAAAAUCUACGUUCUGUCCUAGAGAGUAGAAGAGAAUUAAAAACUCCAACUCUUACCUGAUUGUAUUUGAUGAAAUGGCUUUGGUUUUACUUCCAAAGGCUCUAAAAUAUCAGCCACCAUCUUAGUUUGAUUCUCUGAACACUGUGUCUGUAUAUGUGAACACAGUGUGACAGACUAAACCGCUGAUUACUAAGCUCUGGUUUAAAGCUGCAAGUGUUUAUAGACCUCUGAUGCUUUGUUGCUCAAAAUGUAUACAUCUAUACACAACAUUAUCAUGUUGGAAUUCAGUUCCAUUACUAGAUAGAUGUCCAGUGGACCUACAGACCUUUAUGAUCUAACCGUGAUCAUAAACUAAUCUUAAUCUUCAAUGAUAAUAAGUUUACCACAGAUGUAGGCUAACCAAUAAUGUAGGUCUUGUCAUUACUGCCAAUGGUAUCUUUUCACUUAAAUCCAUUACUUUUAACCCUUAUAAUGUGUUAGAAAGUUGCCCAUGACUUUUGUGUUAGUGGACCAAAACUGACCCAUGAUCCAUGGGUGCAUGAAACUACCAGUGUUCUUGAGAUUUUCAGAAUUAAAAUUCUUUUGUUGUGUUAAAAUAUCUGUUCUCAUAAAAACAAAGAAACUGAAACUUUCACAUGUUAUCCUGCCAAUGGGUCAAAUUUGACCCGAACAUAGUACUAUAAGAGUUUAAAAUACAAAAAAUUGUUAAUGGAUCCAUAAUGAGCGUGAUUUCCCUCCAUACCAUCACCCGAGAUGAAAGUUCAGGCCCGGAUUCGGGGGCGCGCACGCAGCUGCCUGUGUGGUCUCUGCGCUCGUUCACGAGCAUGUAAACACCUGACCACUGCAGGGGACUCAGGGCGGUUAUCAUUUACACAACAAACUAAAAUACAUCCAUCGCUGCCGAACCACCUGCCGUGGAGUUAAAGGGCGGACUUUCCUCUGAUGGCGGAUGGAGCGAUGUUCUCAGUGCAGGAUCAGGCUGUGGACGGCGGCCUGCAGCGGCUCGACUACCGGCGGCUGACUCGGCUCUACUGCAUGAAUGGCGGACACCACCUCCAGAUCCUCCCCGAUGGGACGGUGACGGGCCAGAGGGACGACGGGGACGUUCACACUGUUUUAAGGCUCAAAGCUGUGGACAGAGGCGUCGUGGUCAUCCAAGGAGCAGAGGCCCAGCGAUACCUGGCCAUGAGCGAUGAAGGCCGUCUGUACAGCUCACCCACCAUAGCCGACGAAUGUUACUUUCUGGAGAAACUGGAGGAGAACCACUACAACACGUAUCAGUCACAGAAAUACCAGGACAGGGGCUGGUACGUGGGUCUGAAAAAGAACGGAAAACCUAAACUCGGCCCAAGAACUCACAUCGGACAGAAGGCCAUCUUCUUUCUCCCCAGGCAGCUGGAGGACUGAAGACGUGCAGGAAAAAACCCACCUGGAUGGAAGAUAGGACUGGACGCUGCUCAGUGAUGGCUGACCACACAUCAGAAGUGUGUUUAGCUCUGACACUUAACCGGCUAAACUGUGCCCCAUCUUUUAUUUGACUUAUGUAGCAGCUCUCAGAUUAACAGAGCAUUCAAGAAAGGGGAAUAGCAGUAAUACUAUAACACCAGGGCAGAAUGUAAGUCUUUACUUUUAUAAAUAGUAUGUUAUAUUAAAAGUAGUUUUAGUGAAGUUUGAAGCAGGAGGAAGUAUCUCCAGGAAUUAAACAUCCGAUUUUCUCAUAAUCUACUGAACUUUACUUGAAUGAAAAAUGACAGUUAAUGGAUGUCAUGUGCUGCUUGUAGUUUGCCUUGUCAUUUAUGUUUGAUUUCGGGGAUGAAAUACCUCUGCAGAUAAGAAAGAAAAAAAAAACUUGAGGGUCACCGUCCAAAUAGGGUUGUGGAUGCUUUUAGUUACAUUCUGCUGCCACUAGGAGUCGCCUUACGAUCACUCUUUCGUCCACAAUCUUGAUCGGUAAUUUCGACAUUCAAUAGCUCCACAGUCCUGACCAUUACCUCAUAUCUGUUCUGAGUAUUUGAAAGGCCAAAGAACACAGACGACCCAGGAGACGCAUUGAAAGUGACAUUUAUUUAACACUAAACAUUUUCUGUACAGUUUCAUAACAACAAAACCCCAAAGGCUGCCACUCUACAUCACAUAGAAAUAAGCAUAAUUGGUCUGUAGUCAAAGCAAUGGCAGAAGUAUGAAGUUAACCUAUGAUUCAAGCUGUUCAGUGUGCUAUAAAUGAUGAAAGACAGAAAUUAAACCCUGCACCGACUCCUUGUUUUGUGUCUGUGUCUUAACAAAAUAUCCCUUGGGUUUUAUUAGUUAUGUUUCUAAAAGUGCACCUGCAUACAACAUUCUUUGAUAUAACUGAUACCAACAGCAUCGUUUACCAUUGCAAAAAAAAUUAAUUAAAAGAAAAAGAAUAAUAAUCCCGUUCUGUUAAUUAAAAUUUAAGGCAAAACCACACCUGGAAAUGGAAUUGAAGUUUAAGCUCUUAGAUAAUUUGACCCUUAACAGCUAGAAUUCAAAACCAGACCAGUAAUUGUGCACAUAUGUUCCUGAAUAUCAUCUUGGUUGUCAUCACUCUACAUAUAUUCAACGCUCUUCUUGCGUUACAGAGCACGUCUUGAGGUUUGUUGCUUGACAUUUGUGAGUGAUCAGUAAUCAUCUAAGAUCAUCUCUUACUUGAAUUCUCUUUCCAGGUUAGAUAGUUUCACCCGAUUUAACAAAACAAUUUACAGGUUAUAUCCUAACCUCCAUCACAUGGGUGUAAUUUUGGUGUCUUCCACUGACACUGUGUUUGAAUCACAAAAUAUAUUUCACUACGAUGAUGCCCCCUAAUGAUCAAAAAAAAAAAAGCUGCAGGCAACACUGCCCCCUCCUGGCGAGAAACACUGAUUAAAGCCAACAGGUGAGUGAAAUAUGCAGUAUAUAUUAGCACUUAAAGCCUAAUGAAAGCUUGCUUUUCUUUUUUUUUAAU